AAAUGUCAGUAACCGCUGGUAUGUGUCGGCGUCUCGGCGCGAUGAUUUAUUAAUGUCGACGCUAAGCGCAGGUUGAGUCUCACCCACAUGCCAACCAAAGCAGGCACGGACUUCCUCCCACUUGAACUAUAUUUUCAAAAGGUCUGCUAUUGUUUUUGUUUUGUUUUUCUCGCAGUUUUUAAUCGUCACUUGCUUUUGAAAUAACCUGUAAACAACAUUCACCCCGAAGAUUCGAAUCUGCAUUAUUUGUUUACUUGCACAAAGUUUGUUUCGGAGGUUAAUGCAGCUACCUCUGAAUUAGCUAGUUAUCUCUGGUUAUCGUGUUUAUUUAAAGAUAUAAGAAGGCUGGACCAAAGGAAUAUUUCAGGAUGAGCACUAACGACCAUUCAAAGGACGUAAACAGCAAGAACCAGGUGAGCAGAGUGCUCUGCCCGCAGGUUCCUCCGCUUUGUGCUCCACAUUACUCAGAUACAGGUUCAGUUUACACAGAUAAGCACAGAUCUUAUCGCAUGAUGGGCCACUAUCAGCGUGCAAACAUCUUCCCGGGGCCUCCUGUGGUGUGGUCAUCUCUGGUCAAGGAUUCAUAUGUUCGACAUCCCCCAUCAGCCUUUGUUCAUGAUCCAGAGCACUGGCACGGCCAUAAAACCGAUUACUUGGUGAAGUGGACAGAGCAGAACUUACUUGAGAAACAACUGCAUAAGCUGCUGAAGGAAAUGGAGGGCAAGGGUGUGUCCAAAUGAGCCUGACAUUUGUCACUUUUGAAAACCGCAGCAAAUAAACACCUUAUCACAAUUUCAGAAAAGCGUUAUAAUAACACCCACCCUGUUACUAUUGCUGCUCAGUCCAAAGGGACUUCAAAUACUGUGUGAGUUUACAAAGUUAAUGUAUAAGAUAGCAUCAUGAUGGUGCCGCAGAUGGCUGCCUCGGUGUGGAGCUCCUCAGUUCUUUUGUAGUUUUUGUUUGUUUGUCCUGUGUUUAGUAAUCUUUUUCCAGUCAGUUUUAACAGAGAAGAAAUGCUGAACAUUCAACAGCAUAUACCAGACAAUCUUUUCCUGGUUUUCGAAUAUUCAGACGUUUUGCUAGACAUUUUAGUUGGAGGCGCAGCUCUGCUGUUGAAGAGACGCAGGCGAGGGAGACGAGCCGGUGCGCUGGUCAAACUCCGUCGGCACGGAUUUCGAACAGCGCUGCCGAGUAUUCACUUAGCAAAUCUCCACUCUCUUCCUAACAAAACAGACGAACUACAUCUCACCCGCACAAACAAGGACUUUUCAACCUCUGCUGCCUUGUGCUUCACAGAAACCUGGCUGAGUGAAGCCAUUCCGGACAGUACGUUACACCUGCCUGGCUUCUAGCUGUUCAGAGCGGAUCGCAUCGCGGAAUUAACGGAGAAAACAAGAGGCAGUGGAACAUGCUUUUAUAUCAAUGAAAGUUGGUGUACAAAUGUAACAGCGUUAAAGAGGAUGUGCUGUCCUAAUUUGGAAGUGCUCUUUAUUAACUGUGAGCCUUUGUACUCGCUGCGGGAGUUUUCCUCGUUUAUUCUGGUGAGUGUGUACAGGU